CCUCGGAGGUCUCACUUUAUUACAUCUUUUGCCAUUUAGGACGACCAAACUAUUCCCAUCAUUCUCUCUAUUCUCACAUUCUCUCUCCCUGAUUCUCUGUCCAAACGCCAUGAUAGGAGAGAAAGAUCUCGCCAUCGACGGAGAAUGCUCUCGAACCAAAGCAUCGAAGCCUCUGUUCUCUCAUCUCAACAACAACAGCAAUCGAGCUGACAAAAUCAGCGUCCGGUCCAGCAACCUCGAUGGGUUCCCUUGUAAAUCCUCAGCCAGAUCAGGAAACGAGCUCACUCUCAGCUACCUCUGCGAGAACCGAGAGGAUCUUUCCGAGAGAAUCGCCGAUCGAAAGGGGAAAGAAGUGGUAAUAACCUUCUCGGAGAAUCCAAGCCACCGCCACGAAGACGACGACGACGAGAAGCGGAUUGAGAGAGACUUCUUCAACAACCUCAGAGAACCCAAACGAAAGUCUCCUCACGGAGAUGACGACGUCAAAGAAGAAGAGAAGAACACUUUAAACCUCUCUCUAGCUCUCCCCGACGUCUCUCUAUCUCUAACGGCGUCAAACGCCGUCAAAAGACCGAGAGUGACGACAAACUGCGAGCGAACGGCGUCGUUUUCGAACGAUUUCACGGCGUCGUACUCCCACUCCCACCCUUUCUCCCACAACAUGAGCUGCUCCAUGACUAGAAACUCCACAGAUUUCGAGACCUCCGAUCAUAUCUGGUGCGCCGGAGAAGGAACCAACGGAUCCGUCCACAGCCGGUUCAGACCCGUCGGCGACGGCGGCGGCGUCCUCGCCGUCAAUCCCUUCACCGGCAAACCCUCCAACUCCUCCGAGUACUCCUUCUUCCCUUCCGAGCUACCAGCCGUCGCCGCCAAGGGAUUAUUACUACCCAAUCCGGAAGAAGACGAUGCGGUUAGUAGAUCGGAGAGGGUCCUCGACGACAUCGUUUCGAAGUCUAUAUCUUCCGUGGCGUUGAUUAUUCAAGGGAUGGCUGAAGAGACUCUCGAAGCAGCUAAAGAGUACUUAAGGAACUUGAUCGAUGAUGAUGAUUCGCCGGGGCGUAAGGAGAAGCUGGCGAAUCUUCAGAGCCAGAUCGACAAAAGAUCCGAUCUUUGCAAAGAGACGCUGUCCAAAUGCGUCAAGGACCAGCUGGACAUUCUCGUAGCCGUGAGGACGGGGCUCAAGUACUUUUUGUCUGGUAAAAUCCGGAUCCCUAUGAACGAGUUGGUGGAGAUCUUUCUCUUCUUGAGAUGUAGGAACGUGAACUGCAAGAGUCUGUUACCUGUCGAUGACUGUGAGUGCAACAUCUGUUCGAAGAACAAGGGGUUUUGCAGCUCUUGUAUGUGUCCGGUCUGCUUGAGGUUUGAUUCCGCUAGUAAUACUUGUAGUUGGGUUGGGUGUGAUGUGUGCUCGCAUUGGUGUCACGCUGCGUGUGGGAUUCGGGAGGGUCUGAUCAGGCCGGGACAUAGCGUGAAAGGUCCUCGAGGUAGGACCGAGAUGCUGUUCCAUUGCGUUGGAUGUGCUCAUAAAUCGGAGAUGUUUGGGUUCGUCAAGGAUGUGUUUGUGUGUUGCGCCAAGAACUGGGGACAUGAGACUCUGGUCAAGGAGCUUGACUGCGUUGGAAAGGUGUUCCGUGGAAGCGAUGAUGGUAGUAAAGGCAAAGCGUUGCAUCACAAAGCUAAUGAAAUGGUGAAGAAGCUGGAGAGUAAACAGAUCUCUCCGCAAGAUGCCUCUAACUUCAUCAUUCAGUUUUUCAACUAUGCAGAGACGGUAACAGAGUUUCCUGAACCGAAAGAGCAAACAGUUGUAGCAGAAUCGAGCUACAGAAAAGACGAGGCAUCUGUGACGCCUUCAACAACAUCCGAGGAUCAGAUGAAGAAGAAGAGCUUUGCGUUAGCAGAUGCGAUGAUGAACAGUUUCGAUAGUUUGGAGAGCAUGGUGAGCAUCAAGGAAGCCGAGACGAGAAUGUUCCAGAAGAAAGCGGACGAGGCGAGAACAGAGGCAGAGAGUUUCAAGAGGAUGAUAGAAAUGAAGACUGAUAAGAUGGAGGAGGAGUACUCGGAGAAGAUAGCGCGGCUGUGUCUGAAGGAGACGGAAGAGAGGAGGAGGAAUAAGCUGAAGGAGUUGAAGAAGCUUGAGAACUCGCAUUGCGAUUACAGGAACAUGAAGCUGAGGAUGGAGUCUGAGAUCGCAGGGUUAUUGAAGAGAAUGGAAAGUACAAGACAACAAUUGGUAUGAGAGAAUUAGAAAAACAGAGUCUUUCAGUUAAGCAUUUAUUUGCCUCUGUGGGAGACAUCAGUGUUAAAGGCUUUAUCUAUUUCUUGCCUUCUAAAAUAUCAUUUUUCUAAUCUAUAAAUUCUGUUUUUUUUUGCUUAUAAUAACUACCAUGCAUGUUUAAUAUGUUUAUAUAAUUCAUUUAUAUUGUAUAAAGUGAAUCAUUUGCAACUAUGCUAUAUAUUUUGGUACUAA